CUCAUUUCCUGCAUGUGAUGGGGAAGAGGAAUCUUAGAAACCGAGCCCCGGUCUGUAGUAGCUCAAUUAACCAUGGGCGAUGGCGACUCUCCCAUGUGCCUCUCUGUCAUCUCAUUCCAGGGAAUGAGGACCUGGCUGGACAAACUGUUACUCUGGGCUCUUAUUCCUUCCAUCACACUUCAAAACGCUGCAGUGGAUGGUAGGAGAGUGGAAAUCAACGAAUUACCUUCUCCAAAUCUGAACUCAAGUAUGAAUGUGGUCAGGAUGGGCCAAAAUGUAUCUCUGUCUUGUUCCACCAAGAACACAUCAGUAGACAUCACCUAUUCGCUCUUUUUGGGUUCGAAAUACCUAGAAAGUAAGACAAGAAGAGGCGGAACUGUGGAUUUCUACCUGAGGAUCUCCAAUACCAACAAGACAGGCCCCUACAAAUGCAAAACCAACGUUUCCAACUCGUUGAAAUACAGUCAGAAUUUCAACUUCACAAUCGCCAAAGAUGAGAGCUGUCCUUCCUGUCGGCUGUCACUGUUGAUCUCUGGGGUGUUACUGGGGCUACUGGUAAUAUUCCUAGUUCUGGCGUUUUUGAUUCAUCUAAAAUACAAAAAAGGAAAGACUCUGAGAGAGAAUGAGUCUAAGGGUUCUGGAGAUGGGCCCAGGCGAGGUGAGCUGUAUGAAAACAUCUGCGAAACUCCAACAGGGGCAGAACAACCCCAGGAGAUACACUAUGCCACUCCAGUCUUCAAGGAGGCAGCACCCACGGAACAAGAAGGCGGUGUGGAUAGAAAAGCUGACUACGUUUAUUCUGAACUCACCUAUUAAAGUGCGAAGAAACUGACAGUAUCCCAAUGUAAAAGACUUUCUAGUAAGCUGAUGUGUGUGGAGAAAUAGGAAAUUUACCUGGCACUUCAAAGUUUCAUCCUAGGCUGGGGCAGGAAGAUCCUGAGUUUGAGACCAGCUGGGACCUCAUAGCAAGACUCUGUCUUAAAACACAAAAUCUAAAAAGAUUUAACCUGGUCACCUAAAGAGAAUGUAUUUUUCACAUCUGGA